AUGGCCACCACUCAGUCUGCUAUCUCCAAGAGGAGAAAGUUCGUCGCUGACGGUGUUUUCUACGCCGAGCUGAACGAGUUCUUCCAGCGCGAACUCGCUGAGGAGGGUUACUCCGGUGUCGAGGUCCGCGUCACACCCACCGUCACCGACAUCAUCAUCCGCGCCACCCACACACAGGAGGUCCUCGGAGAGCAGGGUCGCCGCAUCCGUGAGCUCACCUCGCUCAUCCAGAAGCGCUUCAAGUUCCCCGAGAACUCCGUCUCCCUGUACGCCGCCAAGGUCCAGAACCGUGGUCUGUCCGCCGUCGCUCAGUGCGAGUCCCUCCGCUACAAGCUCCUCAACGGUCUCGCCGUCCGCAGGGCCUGCUAUGGUGUCCUCCGCUUCAUCAUGGAGUCUGGCGCCAAGGGUUGCGAAGUCGUCGUUUCCGGAAAGCUCAGGGCCGCCCGUGCCAAGAGCAUGAAGUUCACUGACGGAUUCAUGAUCCACUCCGGUCAGCCCGCUAAGGACUUCAUCGAUGAGGCCACCCGCCACGUCCUGCUCCGCCAGGGUGUGCUCGGUAUCAAGGUCAAGAUCAUGCGUGGAUCUGACCCCGAGGGCAAGGCCGGCCCCUCCAAGACCCUCCCCGACUCCGUCACCGUCAUCGAGCCCAAGGAGGAGCAGCCCGUCGUCCAGCCCAUGUCCCAGGACUACGGUGCCAAGGCCGUCGCCGCCCAGCAGGCAGCGGAUGCCGCCAGGCAGGCUGAGCAGCAGCAGGGCGAGGCCGAGGCCGCGCCUGCCGCUGAGGAGCAGUAG